AUGAAGUCCAGGAGCGUCCGUGAGGAGCCGGAUCCACAGAGGUUGAGCGGUGUGAUGGCAGGAGGACCCUUGCGUGACUGCAGCUUUGACCUCUUUGAUAUGCAGAAGAAACGCCGGGAAGAGGGAGAGCUGGUAACAAAGAUCAAGGAGCGCAGUCAGAUAUUCGAAAGUUUGCAACAGCGCAGAGAUGAGCUGCAUGUGGAGAUCAAGAAAGCGAGGGAUUUACACUCAAGCUUUGAUACGUUUCUGAAGGACGAAGUCGCUGAUCAAGCUGCUGAGAAAGCAGAGAAGGAGAAGAAAGAGGUGAUUCAAUUGGAGGCAGAGCUAGAGAGGCUAAAGCUGGUGUAUGCCGAGCUGAUGGAGAUGAAACAGGAGCAGCAGCGUCAGAUACAAAGACACAGUGUAUAUAAGGACUUCAUGGUGCGGGUGGUCACGAUGACUAAGUUUGACGAUGUGCAGGAGCUCACGGGUCAUAUAGAGAGUCUUCUCCACUUUGAAGACCAUUUCUACAAGAGAGAAAUGAAGGCGCACGAGCAGGUCGACCAGCUGAAAGAAUCCCUGCUGACACUGGAGGACGAUCAUCGUUUGCUGCGGCUGCAGAAGAACAACCAGCUGUCCCAGCUCCAGACCGAGAUGGAGAAGACGUGCUCUGAAGCUCUGUCAUGGGAAAGGAAGUGGAACCACAUUCAGGAAACAGCAGCAAAGAAAACACUCUUGCUGGCACGGAUUAAGGUGGCGACCCUUAACCUCUAUGAAAUGACAGGUGGCAUGGUAGAAGGAGACGAACCUGUGAAUCUGAAUGACACAGAGAAACAGCUUGAUAAGGUCAAGAUGUUCAUCCAGGACCAUGAGGGCAUACUAAAACAAUAUCAAACUCCCUCACAGAAACAUCACGGACAGGAAAAAGACAAGUCAAAGCCCAUAAAGCACAUUUCAACUUGCGCAUCGCAAGAUGCUUCAAUUUAAGCCUCCCGCAUCUCCUCCCUUCUCUUCUCAUCUGCUAGCCGACGCUUCUCCUGGAUCUCGUUGCACUCCAGCUCCAGGGCAGAAAAGGGUUUCUCCAGCUUCCUCAGCAGCUCCUCCUCCCCUUCAUAAUCCAUUGCAUUCAUCUCCAGGUCGGCCUGAGACAGGUGACGGUGGC